AAAAAAAUAUAUUGUAACUGCUGACAGUUUUGCUUAUCAGCUCAUUUGUUGAAGACGUGCAAAGAGUAUUUUUUCGAAAAAAAAAAUUCAAUCUGUAAAAUUAAGCAGAUUUUGUUGUUAAAAUGUCAGACGAACAGAAUGAAAAUGUGCCAAAAGAUGAGAAAAAAGUGACAUUUGAGGAAAUGGAUUGUUCGACAAAGCCUGAUUCGACAGAUGUUGCUGAAACUGUUCAAGAUCCGUUUUGCGAUGAAAAGAAUCCUCGUGUAAUAACAUUUCAAGAUGUUUGUCAAGCUGCCUUUAUGAUAAGAGGCGGAAUUGAAACAACGCCAUGUACGCGCUCACAUUUAAGUGAUAGCCUGGGAAUGGAUAUUUAUUUAAAAAAGGAAUUUCUGCAAUUCACUGGAAGUUUUAAGGAGCGUGGUGCCCGAAAUGCUUUAUUACAUUUAACAGCUGAACAAAAAAGAGCUGGAGUUGUGUCUGCAUCUUUAGGUAAUCACGCGCAAGCAAUUGCGUAUCAUGGAAUGAAGCUGAAUAUCCCAGUAACUGUUGUUAUGCCAAAGGAGGCGUCUAUCAUGAAAAUACAAAAAUGCAGAAGCUUCAAGGCAAAUGUUCUUGUACAAGGCGCGGAUAUGGCAGCUGCUAAAACAAUCGCUAUGGAAAUAUCACGUGAUAAAGGAAUGCCGUAUAUCAAUGGAUAUGACCAUCCAUACAUAAUGGCUGGUCAAGGAACAAUUGGAUUAGAAAUUGUUGAGCAGUGUGAUGGUGCAGAUGCAGUUGUUGUUCCAGUAGGAGGCGGUGGAUUAAUUGCUGGAAUUGCAACUGCAAUAAAAACACUCUCACCCAACACAAAAAUCAUUGGUGUUGAAUCUGACAAAUGUCCAUCAUUUUCAAAAGCUUUAGAACACGGUGGUCCAAUUUAUACUAAAAAUCAUGCUACUUUAGCUGAUGGUCUUGCUGUACCGAAAGUAGGUGUAAAUGCUUACAAAACAAUUGUGCCAUUAUUAGAUAAGAUGAUUGUUGUCAAGGAAGAAUGGAUUGCUUUGGCAAUUUUACGCCUUGUUGAAAUGGAAAAAUGUGUAGUUGAAGGUGCUGGAGCAAGUGGACUAGCUGCUAUUCUUGCUGGACAUUUAGAUGAAUAUAAAGGAAAGAAAAUUGUUCUUUUGAUUUGUGGCGGUAACAUUGAUACAACAUCAUUAGGAAGAUGUCUUGAAAGAGGUUUGGCUGCUGAGGGUCGCUUAAUUCGUUUUUCAGUAACAGUUUCGGAUCGUCCAGGAGGUAUAAGUGAAUUGUGUAAGCUAAUUUGCUCAUGUGGUGUUAGCAUAAAGGAUAUAAUGCAUGAAAGAGCUUGGUUAAAGGAUAUUUACUCAGUCGAAGUCAAAAUUGUUGCGGAAGCUGCUGACUGGGAAAAUAGUCAGCAACUGAAGAGAAUAUUACAAAAGCAUUACAGUCAUGUGGUUUUUAAUGAUAUUCCCAUGGCUAUUCAUAGAGCUGAAGCACUGUGAAAUUAUGUUUAUAACCUGUCCAAAAAUACUAUUCUUAAUAAAUGUUAUGUCGAAAAAAUUGU